AGUGGCACUCACACCAUGUUGUCUUCACCCAAGCUUCAAGUCCCAACCUUGGGACUGACCUCAGCCACUAAUGGCAGCCCCAUUGCCCCCGUUCCAAAAAUCAAGAAAGAGGAAGAUUCUGCAAUUCCUAUUGCGGUGCCCACCCGCCUACCUGUCUCACUCGCAAGCCAUCCUGUCGUCGCGGCGCAGGCUGCAGCGGUGCAAGCCGCUGCCGCCCAAGCUGCUGUAGCUGCUCAGGCGGCUGCGUUGGAACAGCUCCGGGAGAAGCUGGAAUCGGGGGAGCCGCCAGAAAAGAAGAUGGCACUUGUGACCGAUGAACAGCAGCGUCUGAUGCAACGGGCAAUCCAGCAAAACUUGCUCGCCAUGACCGCUCAACUGCCGAUGAGCAUCCGGAUCAAUAGUCAAGGGGCCCGCUCACCAGAAAACCGCCAAGACUCUUCCAUGAAUCUGGCUGCCAAUGGCACCAGUAGCAUUAGCAUGUCAGUCGAGAUUAAUGGCAUCGUGUAUGCAGGAGUGUUGUUUGCCCAAACUCCAGGAGCCUCGUCUUCUCACAACAAAGGAAGCACCAACAGUGGGCGAAGUUCCAGCAGUACUGGCAGUAGUGGCGGCGGGGGUGCAACAGGUGGCACGGCAGCAGGUUCACAAGUCGGUGUGCCCCCUGCACCGACUUCUACCUCAACCAACUCCUUAUCGCCUUAAAACCCACCACACCUCUUCUUCCUCCUCCAUCCCGCCAAAAUGAAGACAGUUUGGACAGGACAUUUGAGACCGGCCCUCCCCUUCCCUGUUUCCCCCGUGUUGAGUGGGGGAGUGAAAUUGUGCCUUCCCCACCCUCUUGAUACCCCCGUAGGCAUCAGGGCCUGCCUGAUACAUUUGGAUGGGGUUUUCUUGGAUUUCGGGGCUGGAUGGGAGUGGAAUCACCUUACCACGCGUGGCAUCCAGUUAUGGACAUUGAGGGGGUAACAUGUAUAGUGCAGGGGGGGGGGGUCUCUAAAGGUGCAAACUCCCCUGUCCCCACCCUGGCAGCAAGGAAUUCAGGUAUGGUACUGUCCUAGGAUGGGACAAAGAUUCAGAUAACAAAGUGCAUUUUUUUCUAAUGUAGCUGAAAACCAAACACCAAACAAAAUUAAGGGGAAGAGGAGUACCUGGAAUGAUGGUUUUCUCCUGUCCUCCUUCCUAUGCUGUUUUUUUUUCCUUCCUCCCCUUUAAAGCAUUUUUUACCCACUUGGUAUUCUCUAUUUAGGGUUGUGCUCCAUGGCCUUCUGGGCACUGCAGUCCCUGCAUACCCAGAGGGCACCAAUUUGGGGGAAGGCUGUUCCUAAUGAAUACAUUGGAAAGAAAAACCACACAAAAGCUCUAAGUGGGGCUGGAGGGGUGUUGUUAAAAUUCUGAGCCGGAGCAAUACUGUGCAGACUAGCUUUUUGACGUGAUGCAUUGUAGAUCCAUAACUCCUUACCUCAUGCAAAUCCACACUUUGCACUGUGUGUCCUUUUGAUUUUGAUUUUGAUUUUUUUUUUAAGUUAUUCUUUGGAAUACCUCCAGACAAGUAGCGGUGGCGGCAGUAGCAGCUGGUGUGCCUCCAUUCUCAUGGGCUUGCUUUGAAAUGGAACCCUUAAAUAAAAUAUAUAUAUAUGUAUAUGCAGAUAUCAAGGAUUUCACAGAUUGAGGAUAAUUUGGGGAAAGCUUUAUUUCUUGCCCUUUUUUUUUUUUGAAAACUGUCCAACUAUUUAAGGAAAAUGAAAGGGAGGGUGUAAAUACAGUGUUUAUUUUCAGUAGAUCUCUCUGCUCUCUCCCCCCGCCCAAAUUGGACCCACAAGCAAGCUUCAUGUAUUUGCAUUUAUUAAGGAAAACAUGUCUAAAAUAGGUUUCUUUUUUUUCCCCUUGCGAUUAUAACAACUCCUUGGAGCUGUCUGACUCUUUCUUCCUCCCCCCCCCCCCCCCAAGA